AUGUAUCCUUCGUACAGUUCAGGGGACGGUUUAGGAGCUUCAGGUGGGUCAGGGCCAGGGUACCAGCCCCCACAACCCGAAGUACCCACAAAGCCAAGCCCUGAGCAGAUUCGCGAAGCUGCCGUGGCGAUAAGCUAUUGCCUGGGGGAUCAAGUCUAUGCAAUUGUCGGGGGCGCAGCCUGCUCCCUUCUCGGUUCUACCCGGGAGACCAUAGACGUCGACAUCGUCGUCCCCCAAGGCGCAACAAGAGAUGCGCGGCGAAAAUUGAGAAACGAACCAACGUUAUUCGACGUGGACAAUCGGACCCUCCAUACAUACUACAGGAGCGAUCCGAGGGUGGAAGUCGAGAUCAUCACGCCACCAUCACUGUUCAGGGAGAGAUUUGAUAAUAAUACGCCUGUUGUCCUUAUCAAUGGUGUCAAGGUCCUCAAGCCAUCGCUAAUCUUGAACGCAAAGUGUAAUUCUAUCCUGAGCCGAUCUUCCGGGGAGAAGAGACUAGCUGAUGCUACUGAUAUUAAGUUUUGCCUCCGGUGGUGUGCUAACAACAACGCGUUUCCUACGGCUGCAGAGGUGCCACACGCUGACAUGGAGUUUGUUGAGUGGUUUAUUGGUGUAUACGCUGAAUCGGAAUGCUGGACAAAUGCAGGAUACAACCGAGAGACUGGGUCGUUCUAGACAAUUAGAUAUAUAGCCAAGGAACUUCGUCCAAAACGUGCUAUAGAGCGCCGCAAGUCUAAGGUCGGAACCGGUGUAGGGAGAGCAAGCAUGGGAUGAUGAUAGCACCCUCACCUUAGAUUCUGUAAGCAACCAGUGAAUAGGUAACAUGAAGUGUUACCCCAUAGCGAAUCAAUACCAGUCAGUAUUUUAUCGUGCGAU